CGACUGCGCAAGUCACAAUCGGAUGUGUGAUCAUCGGUGCUUUGUCUACGCGUCCGUCGAGCUAACAGCCCACUGCUUCAUUUCUAGGAAAUAGUAAAGAUGUCUGGCUCGUCAAACCUCGUUGCGAUGAAGAAAAUUGUCCAGCAGCUGCGUUUUGAAGCGAGCAUAAACAGAGUGAAGGUGUCCCAAGCAGCUGCAGACCUUCAGCAGUUCUGCAUGCAAAAUGCCCUCCAGGAUCCCUUGCUCACUGGGGUGUCCUCCAGUACAAACCCCUUCAGACCACAGAAGGUGUGCUCCUUCUUGUGAGGAAGACACACAGGACAGACCACAGCAUUCUUUGGCCUUCGUUUUGAUGCUACAGGGAAAAAGUUGACCUCAACACUGCUCCUCAUUGCCAACGGCAAACCACUGCCACAUAAUCUUAUGAAGUGUAGAACAUGUCAGGAAGACUUGCCAUCUAUUCUCAGCCAACCGAGGAUACGAUGAGAAGGGUUUAUUUUUCAUGGCACUGUGUGGUUUUCAAGUAAAUGAUUGUGCCUUUUCUAUUUUA